ACCGAGGCACCGAAGAUUCCACGAGUGGUGUUGGUGCACAAGUGGCAGUGUACGGCUCUGCGAGUUGUAAUGAUGAUUAGCAUUACUACUGAAGUUCGUUUAUAAUCGAACGUUUGUUUGUUAACAUAAUUUAAUUCAGUCGUUCUGUUGGAAAGCGAAGAUGACUUUUCUGCCCGCGUGCCACGAUGAUCAGCCACGUGUCUGCUAAGGUGGAGGAUGUUUAAGCAAUGCACGAGCCAGCCAAGGCAACAGAUCGGGCUCAUUGUCUCACUGCGGAGCUGCCGAUGGGAACCGGCUCUGGACAAAGCGUGCACAACCUGCCGGGGCGGAGUUCCUUACCACCACCUGCUCGGCGGCACACACGGCAGGGGACCCCCGAGUUCGAGCAGACAGAGACCGCGUUAUUCUGUCGCGCCGCUUUCAAUGACACCGCCGCAACUUGUGCGGUACUCGACGUUUUUGGGUUUAGAUUGCGGGCAUUUCCAAUCUUGGUUAACAACGGAUUAACGCUGUGCGUUUUUUUGAUUUUUUUAAUCGUUGGGCAAAAAUCCUCUUUUAGCCGCGAGACCCUUUGCCGUGGAGAGUGUGUUCAACCUUUUUUUAUUUUGAGUUUCUUUUAUAAAUGGGAAGAAACACAAAAAAACGUGUUUUUUUGUUAAUGUCAUUUAUUCUAAUUUAAUAUUUGAAGAACAAUAGCCUUUCGACAGGUGACUGCUCAAGGUCAAAUAUAUUUUUUAAACGUACACAAAAAGCGUGCAGUGAGCGCAGGUGCUGGAUAUUUAAAUUGAUUGCUCGGCGCAGCCUUCAUCUCUCCGUAUGUCCGUCAGCAUCACGUCGUACUUUGGUAAGGAUCUGUAAUUCCACUGAGCCGGCACAUCUUGUGCUGCGGUGGUGCCCGUGUACCGUGUGCCCAAGAGAAUCUUCCAACCCGGCACCCGGAGUCUGAAUCCAGAGCCCACCUGCCGUCCCCAGGUCACAGCAGCAGAACGAGUGUCCCUUGGCCGGCGUGGACCAUUGAAGCCGUGCACAGGAAGGCUACAAUGGUUUUGCGUUGCUGACUGCACCACCUGGGCCUUGGUACUCUCCCGUAUAUCCUACAUUUUUUUAUGGAUGCCAACUUCUGAUUGGUCCAUGACCAUGGCGUGAACUGUAAGGCUACAACAUAUACGCAAAUAUUUAGUGUUUUGCAUUCUGAUUAGUGCAUACAACAUCAACAAAUAAACACCAAUGCAUGUAAAAUAAUCUCCAGCCUGUACCACUUUUCUGUCUGAUGAGUUUUUCAUCAAAUGAACCUCAUGGCGGGACUGUGGGGUCGCUUAAGCCCCCGGCUCUUGCAUAAACUGUGUUGCGACGUCAUUUUAUGUCUGUUGACGGCGAACCAUACGGCAAUCUAUUCCUCUCGACGAGCUCUAAAUGAUGUGCUAGUCAAAGUUUUGUUUAUGACUACGGCAAUUUUGGCAACGACAGGUGCUUGGUGAAGAACGAGAGGAUUGAUUUUGACUUCCGAUUAUUCGGGACCCUGGGAUCCCGCCAUAAGGUUCAUAAUCGGUUCACACUUCUUGCAUAGCAGUAAAGCUCCUGUAAAUCAUCUUUAAAUCAAAUAUGCAGUACUAAGCAUAUACAAAUAAAAGUGUUGACAUGUUUACCCAGGAGAGCAUCACCAAGGCUGCGCUUUGCGUGAUAUUGUUUUAAAUGUCGGAAAACACAAACGUGCUGGAGUAAAGCCUUGAAUAUAAUUUGGUGAAAAAACAGUGGCUUAUAAUUUAAAAACUGGAUACUGAGAUAACCCAGUGGACUUUAUCCCACGUGAUAAUGAUGCAUGCACACCUGGGAGGGAUUUUAAUUAGAGGACAAUGCUGAAAGCGUUAGAUGGGUGUCAUGCACAUUUAAUUGCUGGUAUGUCAUUGGUGCUCGUCAUGAUGGUAUAAGUGUGGAGGAGAACAUACAGGGAUAAAAUAGAUUUACAAACAGACGAACAUUUCUAUUGUGAUGUUGCAAUGUUUCAUCAUAGUGUACUUAAGAUAUCAGGAUUGUGUACAAACUAAGUAAUGUGUGUAACCUUUGUGAAAAUGGCUUUGCGUGGAUCUCUGUGUUUAGCAAGGUUCGAAUGAGGUAUGAGAAGUCGUUUGUGAUUUGUAGCGCAGACAGGAGGCAACAUGGAAUUUGCACGUAAAUGUUAGAUCGGUGAUGUACCUCCACGACGACGAUGCAGGUGUGGAGGUGGCCAUUGUAUUGUGAGAGAUUAGCAUGUCAAUGUAAACGAACCACCUCUAGCCCCGCCCACUUACCCUUGGGCUGAUCUCAUCUCAAGCCUAUAUAACUUCGUGUUUCAGCAGCUCUCCCGCUGUAUUUUCUCCUGUCUCAGCAGCUCUCUCACUAUAUUUUUUCACAUGAUAACGAUUGCUUGUGUUGCGAUCGAAACGUCGUGCUAAUUUUAUUAUUUUUCUAUCUACGUGGCUUUACCGAAAGACCCAAAGAAUAUGAAUGGAUUCUAUUCAGUGCAUUGUAUCCACUAUAUAGUACUAUAAUAUUCAUUGCGAGCAUUGGGACUGCACAUAGACCACGUUUUUUACUGUCCCCAUGGAUUUGGAGCAUCUCAUGUGCACGUGCUCUGAAUUCUAAACCUUUAUUCUUAACACAUUUUAACACUUCCCCACACCAGUUUGUUCUUGAAUUAUUGCUUUAAAGACCAAAUAAUAGUACGACCAGCCACCCUUGUAUUUUUAAACAUUUGGAAAUGAGAGACAGCCUUGAUACAAAACACAGUUCACCUGGCCAUCUCCGCAGUGACUGCUGCGGCUCAGUGAGUGGGAUUUCUACAGUGUAAGUGUUAAAUCAUCUCAUCAGGAAUCCCAAUGCCCCUGUUUGAAGGUGGGAAUUGAUUGGCCCUAUAUUACACUAUGGAGACGAGCUUUGGGACAAAACAUGUAAUCAGUGGAGCUGCGUUACAGGAUUUUGUUCGGCAUAAGUAUAGGCUCGCCCAGCCACUCGGUGAUUCAUAUUCAUGGGUUGGGUUAGGCUUGGGGGUAUUAUUGAUAGCAUCACACUUUAGGCCAAACAGCAUGCCAGGCUGAUUAUAUUAUUCAAAUUUUCAAAUAUAUUUUCGAAAAUGCAUCGGCGUGUUUUGUAAAAUACAUGCCAACGAUUUCACAACUGAGGCCUUAUUUAUUAUGAAUUCAUGGAUGCAAGUUUAAAUCUGCUGUCUGGUUUAUUUUAUAUUUAUUAUUAUCCCUGGUCUCCAUUCUUAAAAUAACACGUCCCAGUGAGUGCUUACCUGAUUAUAAAUAGUGAUAAUGUCAUUUAGUUAACCAGGAAUUCUCACUAAGUAUCAAGACAAUUUUUUUUCAGCAAAGAUCUGCAUUUCGUAAUUUGACUAUUUCUGUUGUAAGACGCGAUUGCCUGAAGUACACUGGAGAAAACACACGCACACAUACGAGGGGAUAACAUUCAAACGUCGGUAUAUUUGGGUUCACGAACCUACCUGUCAUAUGGCCAUCACCUGUCUAGCUCACAGGCCAGCAACUUUUUUCAGAUCGACAAAACUGAUGGUCCACUAAGAACUAAUAUAAAAAAGCUAGUGUACAGACAUGCACCACCAUGUCCUGCAUUGCAUCCUGCAUGCAAAUAGUCAAACUGUUUUAAACACUUUCCAACGAAGGUUGAAAGCGUUUCUGCAUUUUCUGUGUCCAUUCGUCCGUAAUGAUCUCUGAGAUGAUUAAAUGUGAACAAACGUGUGUAUUAUUAAGGUUUGUAGCUCAUAUGGAAAACCAGCCAAAUAGUUCAAAGGGUUUCUCAAAACGAAUGAAUUUUACCUUGAAAGCCACCUGUCGGCAUCGAUAUUGCAAAUUAAAAAUGUUUAAUGUUAGAAAGCGUUAAGUAAUCCACGCGGACGCAUGGAUUUUGCUAACUUGUUUAGUUUCUGUUGCUGUUGCUUUGAGGGCGGUUGACGGGAGGAGAGUGCCACCAUGGAGUUGGCAGAGGCUGGGCGCCUGGAGCGUGCCCAUGUGCACGCCAUCUACGCGCAGAUUGCGCCGUCGUUUGACGACGCGCGCUAUGGAGCUUGGCCGCGUGUGCGCCACUUCCUGCAGGGACAGCCGCCCGGGAGCGUCAUCGUCGACGUUGGCUGCGGCAAUGGAAAGUACCUGGCACUGAACGGGCAGGCGUUCACACUGGGCUGCGACUACUGCCUGCCACUGGUCCAGGCUUCCCGUGCCAAAGGUCACGAGGUGAUGGUGUCGGACAACCUGCGUCUGCCACUACGAGACGGCUGUGCUGACGCUGUCAUCUCCAUCGCAGUGCUGCACCACUUCUGUACGAAGUCGCGGCGUGUUCGUGCCCUGCGCGAGAUGUCACGCACCCUCCGCCCCGGUGGACGCAUCAUGGUCUACGUGUGGGCCAUGGAGCAGACUCGGCGGCGCUUCAACAAGCAGGACAUCUUUAUCCCCUGGCACCCGUCCGCUCCACUUGGCGUUUCCACCGUCGACGUACACGGCAAGCGACCGCCCCCACGGCAAAGCUCCCUGACGGCAUCGUCUCCACGGCUCUUGGCAGGACACGCGAUGAGAGAUGGUGACGGUUGCCGUCGGUCGAGCGAGGAUUUGUCCAACGUCCAAUUUUACAAAUCUGCAAGGAGGUUCUCGGAAAAUGAUGUUGGGCGACGUGAUGCAGAGGAGUCUAGCUACUGUGAAAAUGGAGGUGUUGAUAUGAGGAGGUACAUCUGCAACAAAAUUGCCUCUUCGAACAGUGAUUUUACCUGGGGCGGUUCCUCGCCUACGCCUCACCAAAGCAGGGAACCGACCAAACAUGCAUCUCUAGUGAAUGGCAGCCCCGACCACGGCAACCGGUGCAGGAGCUCGUGUUGUGGUAGCCGUGGAAGUAGCUCUUCUUCUGUCGGAGACCUGGGUGUGAAGCGCUCCAGUGGUGGAGACCUCCACAUGGGAAACAGAAGUGAUUCGUGUUGCAUCGACGAUAGGUCCAGCUCGAGCCGCCUCUACACAGCUUUGGAGAAGACUUUCGCAUCUCUCUUCUUUUCCCGGUCGCUGGAUGAGUCGCUGUCCAGGAGUGCUAAUCAUCAUCCAGGGUCAUCUGGGUCAGCUACCCGCCCGAGCGCAGAGCCCACAAGGCACCGAAGUCUUGAGCACAACAAUUGUGGGUUUUUCCAGCCAAGCCAUCUGCCAAGCACCCAAAAUUCUAGCAAAGAGGGACUGGAUGAUCUAGACCAAGAUCCUGCCACUGAACAGAUGCGAAUAACGGAGAGCUCAGACGAAGAGGAUGAUGUAUUUUUACGCCUGCGCGGAAUGGACGUGAGUGUCGGCGAUCGUACAGGCUUCUUACCUGCACGGAGAGCAUUGGGAUCACACGAGGAGGUCUCUCGCUUCGUGGAGGUCCUUGCCAGUACGUCGCGCUCCAAGGUCUGCCUUCCAGAUCUUGUAGAAGCGCCGCGUCGGAGUUGCACGCUCGCGGGACGGGGGAUGACACAGAUCACCAAGAAGCCCUUAGAAAGUCAUUCUGCUGGCCUCCGGUUUUCUUUAAAAGAGGGUGACAGCGACAGCCAUGUGCGGAAUGACUCUGAGUUAUUUAAUGGUACUGCCAGAAGCUGUGAAUGGGGCCGUCCAGAGAGCCCGGACGUAACCGAGAACGGGGAGCAUUUGACAAAUGGCACCAAGGAAGACUUUGGUAAUGAUGAUGCUGAUGGCGAUUGUGAUGGGGAAGGUGAUGGCGAUGGCGGCGGGGCAGAGGGAGGAGAAACACCGGAAGAACCCCGUUGGCUGCGCUACUACCAUGUGUUUCGCGAGGGAGAGCUGGCUCAGAUGAUUGAGCGGCACGUAGCGGGGUUGCGAGUUGUGUGCACCUACUAUGAUCAUGCAAACUGGUGCGUCAUCGCCCAGAAGGAGGGGGGAGAUGACACCUAUGUCCAGCCCAAUACGGUGCCCUCCGCUCAUUCUGACGCCCGUCCCAAUGGAGCACCAAAUACCCAUUCCAAUACUCGCCCUUCUCCCAGUACCCCUCCCGAUCUGCAUUUCAGCACCCAUUCCAACACACAUUUCGCUACCCAUUGCCACGCCCACUCUCACACCUAUCCAAACACCCAUCCCAACACUGCAUAAAUAUAAUCCUGCAUUUAUUAUACUUAGACUUCACUUCCUCCUGCCUUCACUAUGGCUCGGUUUUUAAUUUUCACACAUCGGAUUCAUGCAAGGUGUGGUGACUUAACUUGAAUUUUACCGAGGAAGGUAGGGAACCUACACUGCAGGGUUGCACAAGGAAUGCUGUGUAAAACUUGCAGCAGGGUUACGGUACAAAACUCCAGUCGUCGGAAUCGCUCGUUCUAAUCUCAGAACUCAGUGGGCCUGGUCAGCGUUUAUUUUGGUUAUUUCCAAAGGGGUUCUGCUUUGCUCCGAGUGUACUUACUGACCAGGUGGGUGCUGCAGCUGUUCUAUCAGCCGUCUGCACACCCUGUGCCAGGAUACCUUGGCGAACGGCGGUGUUAUCCUGGACAAGCAUUGCAGGCAGGUAGUCAUAUUCUAAUGGUACUCAUGAGCAAAAGACCAACAUCACCUAAAGCGGGCAGGCUGUAGCAAAUUCAUGCUUGAAUCGGUCGCUAAACAUAUGACAAUGACUCGCUGCAUUGUUGUCGGCCCAUGAAGUAAAUUAACGUGGCAGCCGCAAUCAUGAAUGACAUAUUUUCAGCAGGGGGCGCCUUUUAUCUGAAUGUUUGACUGUGGCCUCAACGAAUGCAUACUGUUUUGCAAAAUGUAUCACAGGGAAAAGACCAAAGCGAGUUUUCAGUGGAAAUUUAAAUGCAGCAUUGUCCAGAUUAGUUCCUGGUGGUUUCGUGUCUGGUUGAGCCCCUGGGUCGUUAUUCAUUAAAUCUUUGUUUUAAGAUCAAUGACCAAACCCACCUUGCGAUGAAUGAGGAAAUUAAAUUCCACUGAUCUGCCUAGGGUUGUCAAAAUUGAGGGCCUUACAAUAUAUACUGCCUGGGAGUAACGAUGAUAGAAAAUAUUUUCAUUCGAAAAUCAGCUCGCAUUGUGAAAUGUCGAGAAAAAUGUCGAAGGUUAGAUCAUUAAGCAAUACUGUAAAUGUAUUUAAAUCUAGACACAACCUGAAUUAUUGUCAAUAACUGGUGAAAUCCAGUAUAAGCAAACGAAUGGCCCGUUUUGUAUGUCUAUUCAGCCACCUAUAAUAAUUUACUUUCUAAAUAUGCAAAUAGUACAUUCCUAUGGUCCCAAGUGCUUUCAUAGCAAUAGUGAUUUACACUGAUUUGAUUGUGAGAUGUCGUGAGUUUAAGCGCACUGUAAUUUAUUUAUGUUUCUGUUUUAAAUUAUGCUGAUGAAACGUAUUUGUGCCAUCUUGGUUAGAUUUUAGAGUGUGUGCCUUUUUGCAGUAUUACAAGUAAUUUUAUCUCUGUGUUCUAAAUUAUUGUUUUGAUUGAAUAAAGAUGCUAUUGUUGAAUUUAA